GCGGGAGGAGGCGGACUGGCGCGGCUCUGGAGAGCGCUCCUCCGCCCCGCGCGCGGUCCCUGCGCCCCGCUCCGCCCGCGCCUCGCUGCCAGCGCCGCGCCACGGGCGUCCAGCAGCGCGCCUCUCGCACGGCAGCCGGCGCCGCCCGCGGCAGCUCAGCCCCAGCCUUCCUCCGCCUCCGCCUCCUCCGCUGCUGCUGGACACGCAGCCGCAGGCCGGGGCCGGGACGCAGCUGGGGAGUCAGGGACGCGCGCAGCCAGCCCUUCCCCCUCCGGCUCCCGCACCGCCGGCCGCCUCCCUUCGCCCUCCUCCUCUCCCCUCCCGGCUCCUUCGCUUCUUCUUCUUCCUCUCCCGGCCCCGGCUGCCAGCACCAUGUCCGCAGGGGGAGAUUUUGGGAAUCCACUGAGAAAAUUCAAGUUGGUGUUCCUGGGGGAGCAGAGCGUCGGGAAGACGUCUCUGAUCACAAGGUUCAUGUACGACAGCUUCGACAACACCUACCAGGCAACCAUUGGGAUUGACUUCUUGUCAAAAACCAUGUACUUGGAGGACCGUACGGUGCGACUGCAGCUCUGGGACACAGCCGGCCAGGAGAGAUUCCGCAGCCUGAUCCCCAGCUACAUCCGGGACUCCACGGUGGCUGUGGUGGUGUACGACAUCACAAAUCUCAACUCCUUCCAGCAGACCUCUAAAUGGAUUGAUGAUGUCAGGACAGAGAGAGGCAGUGACGUUAUCAUCAUGCUGGUGGGCAACAAGACGGACCUGGCCGACAAGCGGCAGAUAACCAUCGAGGAAGGGGAGCAACGUGCCAAAGAACUGAGUGUCAUGUUCAUCGAGACCAGUGCGAAGACUGGCUACAACGUGAAGCAGCUUUUUCGACGUGUGGCAUCGGCUCUGCCCGGAAUGGAGAAUGUCCAGGAGAAAAGCAAAGAAGGGAUGAUUGACAUCAAGCUGGACAAGCCCCAGGAGCCCCCGGCCAGCGAGGGCGGCUGCUCCUGCUAAUGCAGGGCGCCUGCGCGUCCUCCGACACUCCUUGCUUGUUGUGUUGCUUCCUAUUGGUUAGCUUCCUAAGGGGGGAAAGUGAGUCUACCCAGAUGGGAGGAUUUUUGUUUUCUCUCUGUCUCUAGGAGUAGGGUGGGAUGGGAGGGAGGCUGGGCAUCAGGGAUCACGUCACUCUUAACAGCUGUUACUUAAACAACUAUUUUUUGGUUUGGUUGUAAUAUAUUGUACUUUAUUAAGAUUGCCAAAAACUGUUAAAAUUUAAAAAAAAAUUUAAACCAUGUGUAUACAACUUUUUGCCAGAUAAAAAUGUAGUCAUUUUUAUUUGAAAAAUGUGCUUUUUGUUUUUGUAUAUUUGUAAACUUACAGAUAACCUUUUCCACACACCUUCUCCUUCCUGUUCUCUUUGAACUGUUCACCUCCUCUGCCUUCCUCCCAUCCCCAGUCCAAUAAAUUAAACCAAUUAACUGAGCAACUUAAUUAGGCUCCAAUCCCAGGCCAUAUGGCCCCACCAUUCAGGCCCUAUGUGGUUAAAUCAAAGAUUGGUUGAGCAAAACCUCGGAAGAGGGAGCUCUGCCUCUGCCCUUGCAAGGUGGCCAGAGUGGGAUGACAGCUGUGGCCCUGCACUGAGACUGAGGUCUGCGGACUGUAGGGAGCCAGCAGCGAGUCCCAAGGAAGCUGCUUCUGCCUCUCUGUUCCCUCCCCUAGAAAGCCUUUAAGGGGGUUGAGGGUACAGGUGGCCUUGUGUUCCCUGUGCCCACAGUGACCAGCAAAGCAAGAGGUCAUCGGAAGGAUGGGGUGCUGUGGGCAGGUGUGUGCUGUGGUGGUGUGUGGCUUACAGACUGGGGCACCAUGUGUAGUCUGGAAAAUGUGUGAACCAACCUGCCCAAGUAGUCAGCACAUGUAGCUGCGCUGAAUCUAAGAAGUGCGAUGGCUGACGUUGGGCAGCUGCCAUCAAGCUGGAGCCUGUACCAGGAUGUACCAUGGAAUUGGUCCAUCUGUGACUGGGGAAGGGAGGAUGGUUUGAAGGACCACCACCUUGAAAGUAAUGUGUAUGUUCUCAGAUCCUCAGUUGCUAAAAUUAUUGAGUACUUUCUGGAAAGAGCUGAUUUCUUGAUAUGUUUUCACCCCACUGGUGUGGUACAGUUGAAAUCCCCGUGCACAUGCCUGUGUGGAUCUCGUGGCCCCACGCUGGCCACCCACGCGUAUGGGUGAGAUGUGGUCUGCAGAAGGCUGCCCAGGGUCCCACAACCUGCCCCCCAGAGAGCCAUCCUUGCUGUCUUUAACUCAUUUCUGAGAAUGGCUUAGCCCUGAAGACCCAUAAAAUCUCUGAAGAGAACUCUCUCUUCUCACUUGGCCAGCGUUCCACGUAGACCCAGACUCACCGCCCUGAGCCUGCACAGAGCCAGGUAGCAGGCAGUGACUCAGGUCAGAAAACGUAAGCUCCACACUCCCAGCUGGCACUGGCUCUUCCCCAGGCUGCUCACGGGCCUGUCACGAUGGGCUGAGUGACCAUCUGGAGUGUGGUGAGGUGAACUCCUCCACAAGGCAGGACUCCAACAAGGUUGUUGGAAUGAAUUUUGAAACUUCUCAGAAACGAAUGCAAAAUGGCAGGCAGCAAGAGCAGCAGAGCCUGGCAGGACUGCUGUCCGUGCAGUGGGCCUGCCGCACACCCUCUGCCCAGGAUCUUUAGAGAGGAAGUUACCUUCAGGGGCAGAAGAGAUCCCACUAAGCAUCUCCUCCAGAAGGCAAGGACCAAUGUAUGAACGUAAUUCAAAUGUCGUGUGUUUAGUUUUUAUAUGUGUGUACAUAAUUAUAUAUAGAGAUAGACUUGUGUAUACACCUUCCACAAACACAUCCUCACACAGAGAAAUAUGUGCUCAAUGUAUAUUCUUGUUUUUCCUGCUCUCAAGUUGGAACUUGCAUUGUGAUAACAGUUUUGGAAAUUCAAAAGUACUACAAACGUGUUGAAAUAAGAAAUACUUAAUAUUGUCAAAUAACUUGUGAUUGUCUUGCCAUCAAUAAAAUAAUGCAUAGAUGUGUUAAACUACAGGUAAAAAUAGCCCACGGGAGUAUCUCCACCAUCUCCCUAUGUACUUAUAUGCACGGGUGUGCGUGCCUGUGGGAGCAGUAUCUCCCGAGCAGGGGCACACUCCCAAGUGGUGCUUGUCGGUAGAGUGCUUACUUACCUCGCGGGUAUCUGUGGGAGUCCACAUUACGGCAUCCUGCCCCACGGGCAGUGGGGGCCAUCAUUUGUGGCCUCUGAGACUGCCCCAUUUACAGGGAUCUGCACUGGGUCACAGCGAAUGAAUGUACGGUGGAUUUUUAUUUUGCUGGCCCUGAAGAGUUGCUUUUCUUAAAAUAUCGUGUGAAACAAAGUAGAAGCUCAGUUCCCUUCCCAUGUGCACACACAUUCAACCACCACGGAUCGUUUUUCAGUCCUGGCACAGAGGAGCCAGGACAUGUGAGAGACCCAGCAGAUGUCAUGUGGCUUGACGUGGCCUUAGUUGAGUCCUACCUUUCCUAGCCUGCACGGAGCAUCCUGUCUUGAGCCCAGGUUCUCCCCAGCCCCAUGGCCUCCAAAGCUGCCGCCUCUUGUUCCCCAAUCUCAGUGGUGCCGUGAGAUUCCAGGGCCCUCCUUUCCUCGGGCCUAGGUCUGGGGUGGUGGCUGCACCCCUUUCAUGGAAAGGUGCCGUCACUGCCUUCUUGCUUGUAGGUAGGAUCUGGAUUCAGACUUAAGGUUCCAUAAUAAAAUGGUCAGGUGCUUUUGAAGAUGCCAUUGCCUCAGCAGCCCCAGUUGAGUACUGCAUCUUUGCUGAGUCUAGAUUGAUAGCAGAGGGCAAAGUGGAGGAUUCCCUUUAGAAAAUGUUCUCAGUUUAGUUUUUCAGUCCUUCUCCCUAGAAACUAGACCUGAUGUGGCAGACAAGCAGGAUCCUCUUCUUUUGGUCUUUUUUCUUUAGGGAUCUCAAAGGAAAGUUGUCAGUAUUCCACAUGCAUCAGAAAAAUUGAGUGUAGGAUGGAAAAAGCUGACAGUGCAUUUACACAUGCAUACAGAAGCCGCCAUGAAGUGUGAUGCCAGCAUCUGUAGUAGUGCAGCUGCGGUUAUGUAGUCCCAGGCUGGUCUGCCUGGUGGCUGUGGGCAAGUUUCCUUUGGUCAGAGGCCUCCCCGCUGUCACUAUUGCCACUGUUGGGGCGUGGGGGGGAAGCAUCAGCCAGAUCAGUCUGUCUCAGAAAACAGCAACAGGAUUAAAAUGGUGGUAGCUAAGGGUGCAGAGACAUCUAGGGUCAAUGUCAUCAUCAUCCUGGUGACUAUCCAGUACCUGGAGCCUCUGCCCUCGAGUACCUGGUGUGACAGUAAAGGGAUGGCAUUGCUGGCUCUGGCAUCCUGCAGAUAGAACAAGCAGCCUAACUCCUUCACCAGACUCCGGGAAGGCAGGUGAGAGUGUGAGGACAUGAGACCAGGUAGCCGAGGACUGAGGGACAUGUAUGAGCCACGUGAGGGGCAGCAAAAGGUCUGUGUGUGCAUCAACCGAGCAGGGUCAUAUGCUCACUCGCUUCCAAACUACCUCUCCUCAAAGAAUAUGAGAUGCUGCCAACUUGCUACAGCAGUGAGGUACAGGUCUCAUAACCCCUCCUGUGUCACUGGCAGGAGAACCAAAAUGGAGAAGGGUGAGUUGCUUAUGAUCACCCAGAGUCAGAGUGAUCACAGCCAGUGUGUUUCCAUUCUUCAUCCAUUGCUGAUCCGUGUGUGUGCCCAACUGGGACUGCACUCCUGCAGUCAAGGACUUCUGUGCAGAAGUGUGUUCCUCAGACCAGCUCUACCCUGUAGUUAGGAUAGAAUAUUCUUCCCAGUGUACUGAGUGAGCUCCGAGAGAAUAUAGGUGCAUUUGGGGCCCCUCUAUGGCAAAGAAGGGCCGUUCCCCAGGCCGACUGAUUGUCAGGGCAUUCUUUGAAUUUUUUAUUUUAAUUAACUAUUUAGGUAUUCCAAAGCCUAAGAGAUCUCAAUGUACAAAACUCCUUGGACUCCAGACCCAUGUCUGGGUAUGGUUUAUCAAGAAAGCCUUGCAAGGGAGGUUUAGAUGGUUCCUUCAGGAGGUAGGAAACCUCCAAAGCAUCAAAGGCCAGCCUGCAUCUCGCGGUGUGCAUCCCCUUCUCCCCUCAAGUUCCCCUCACCAACCCUUUAAAACAAUUGGCUGUGAGGAGCACUGGGUGGCAAUUCCAUCUGUUAUGGGCUCAGAAGGCAUAGAGGCCAUAUUGACUUCACAUUAAACUGUGUAAAAUGUGGAAAAGACUCAGCAUGUUGGUCGAACAAUAAACUGUCCUAAUUCUCAA